AAAAAGCAGAUGCAUAACAAGCAGCAAUAAUUGUUAUCUGUCAACGAAAGGAACGGCGCCGUUUUGGAUAUUGGUUUGAUAGGAGAAAGACGUCUUUGGCAAAAGGAGUUUCUCUCCCUCUUGCUCUCUCUGUCUUUCUUUCUAUCAACAUCUUCAUGCUCACAACUCCAUCGGAUUCGUCACCUUUCACAAAAGCUUCCAGUGUUGCCACUGCCAAACACCUCCCAUAAACACCUUCUCUAACCCCUCUACUUUGGGACCCUUUUCUCCUCUUUCUCCCUCUAUAGAAAGAUAGUUUUGGCAGCUCAAAUUUUUAAGGAUCUCAAUAUUUGGGCUUGAUUAGAAGAAACAAGAAAUGGUUAAAAGGCAUGGAGUGUUUUGAUUUGCAGAAAAUAUCAUGUUGCAGUGCAUAGAGGGACUCAAGCAUUUAUUUGCUGCUCUACUGCGGUGCUGUCAUCUUGACUUGUAUAUUAAUCAACCAAGGGGCCUAGAGGAUCCUGAAGUUCUAGCUAGGGAGACCGUGUUCAGCGUAAGUGAAAUUGAGGCACUUUAUGAACUUUUCAAGAAGAUUAGCAGUGCAGUGAUUGAUGACGGGUUGAUCAACAAGGAGGAGUUUCAACUGGCAUUAUUCAAGACAAACAAAAAAGAGAGCCUGUUUGCUGAUCGGGUAUUUGACUUGUUUGACACAAAGCACAAUGGAAUACUAGGUUUUGAAGAGUUUGCCCGUGCCCUUUCUGUCUUUCACCCCAACGCUCCAAUUGACGAUAAAAUUGAGUUUUCUUUUCAACUGUAUGAUCUCAAGCAGCAAGGUUUUAUUGAAAGGCAGGAGGUGAAGCAAAUGGUAGUGGCUACCCUUGCAGAAUCUGGCAUGAAUCUAUCAGAUGAUGUGAUUGAAAGUAUAAUUGACAAGACUUUUGAGGAAGCUGAUACAAAACACGAUGGAAGGAUUGACAAGGAAGAGUGGAGAAGCCUUGUUCUGCGACACCCAUCUCUUUUGAAAAAUAUGACGCUUCAAUAUCUCAAGGACAUCACCACAACAUUCCCGAGUUUUGUUUUUCACUCGCAGGUGGACGAUACCUGAAGUUACAAUUUUCUUUUAAGUGAACUGGCAUUUUAAUUAUGUUUUGUAUAUUUCUAGACAAUGUUGCCCUCUCAUAUACACGCGGCCACGUAGAAAUUUUUUUCGUCAUAUUGGUUAUUUUAUUGAAGAAGAUUAUUGGCUGUGUGUAUUUGUUUUCAAUGGCUGAACUUUCAGUGCAUGUUGUGGCUUUUUUGGAUUGGAAUUUGAAAUUGAAAGGUGUGAUGGUUUUGUCUUCCA